AUGAAAGCGUCGGCGGCAUCUGCUGCCAAGAGGCUUACUGCCUCACUUCCUUGUUUCGCCUCCUCGCGGGAGGUCCCGCGCACAUUCAGGAGUGGCAUCUGUCAAAGGUCUCAUGUCUCUGGUUUCCCUCCGCAGUCUCGUGCUCGGCAAGCUGGCGUCGCGCUACGGCCCUUGUUCAAGCGGUUUCCCUCGCGUCAUUCUCCAUCUCACAGUUUCAUGCUCUCUGCGUUCUACAGUCUGUCUCGCUCGCCGCUCGCUAGCCGUCUCUCGUCUUCUGCUUGCUUGCCUAGUCCACUGGAGUCUCUGCCUUCGUCGUCUCCUCUCCCGUCUGUCGCUCCGCCCUCUUCGCGUCUCGUUUCCUCAGCUUUUCGUCGUGUGCCGUCGCCUCUGAAGAUUUGCGCUCGCGACCAAUGCCUGGCUCACCUGCCACUCACAGCUGCCUUUGCCGACAUCCCAUGUGCGCGCGCGGGCCCGCUCAGCGGCGCCGUCGCCUCCUCGCCCCCCGACCGCCUUCGUCCGAGCGGGACUGUCACACGUGAGCAGGGGACGCUUCUGCGAGCUGGUUCACUCGCCAGCGUGGGCGUCGCUGUUGGAUCCCACGCGCGACGCGGCUUCGCCUCGGAGCGACCGGCGCGAGAGCGCGAAGGGCCUCAAGAAGACGAGACAUCUUGUCUGCCGCCCCAAGUUCACGAUGAUGAGUCGCUCACGCUGAUGCAGCAAAUGGCGGAGGCCUUCAACCAGAGGCCUUGCCGCUCGCGACGCACGGCGCAGCCGCAGGCCGUGCAUGUAGUCGGCGACCUCGCCCUCUCGCCUAGCGUGACCACCUCCUCCUUUGUGCCCACUUUCGCCGCGUCUGCUUCCGCGUCGUCGCCCCCCUCGCCACGCGCCGCAGACAACAGGCGUGAAUCGGACGUCGCCAGCGGCGCGGAGGCCGCAGAUCAGAAUCCGGGGUCGUCUGGCGACGACUGGGCGUCCGCGCUCGCAGAGCCGCGCGCGAGCGGCGGCGCACAUCCCUCAGCACCUGCUUCUUCCUCGGGGCGGCCUUCUGGGGAGUCACAGGAAGCGAACUGGGGCAGGUCGAAGGCGCGAGAUGAGAUGCCGCAGGACGGCACGGAAGAGCUGGUUGUGGUGGACUUGGAAAAACUCAGGCGCGACUCAAAGCUCGUUUUCCUGCCUGUGCAAACGGUCCUCCGAACGCUGGUCGACACCUAUCCGGGCAUGUAUGUCUGGCGCGACGGUUUCGUCCAUACGGUGAAGCAGCUGCUUGCUGCUGCCGGCCUGGUGUCUCCUUCGCAGCGCGUUUCUGACGAAGUUCUUCAUCAGGCGUUUGAUUUUCUCGAUAAGAGCAACAACGAAAUCAUCGACCUGCUUGAGGCCGUGCGCGGCCUGCCGCAGCUCUGUCGCGCGAGUCACGACGAUCGAAUUAAGGCUUUGUUUGAGCUGUUUGACCGACGCGGCUGCCGGCGGCUGCACUUCGAUGAAGUCAUGGAGGUUUUCUGCUUCAUCUAUCGAGUCAUCCUCACGCCGUCUGUCGUGUCGCAGCUGAAGGAGGCGUCUCUCGAUUUUACGACGAUUGACGACAUCGCGCUGCACACGACGCGGCAGCUGUUCUCGCAUCUGCGGCGCGCCAGCGCGCUGCCGCUGCAGCCUUCUCGGGCGUCGAUUGCGUUCAAGUAUGGCUUCCCGUCGCGCGCCGCGCCCAGCGAGACUUCCCCGGCUUCGCGAAGUGCGACGGCCGCUGAGGGCAGCAGCCGCGAGAAGCUUUCCUCCGCGCCCUCCGCGUCCUACUUCGCCUCCUCGCGGCGCCCGGCGACGCCGCUCGACGCCUGGGAAGGGAGAGAGCGGCGCUGUGAGCGCGGAGAUGAGAACAGAGAGGCCAAAACGCGCGAAAUCGCCGCGACCGAAGAAGGCCCCUGGAAGCAGGCGCUCCAGCGCCGCGACGAGUUCAUUUCCUAUAAAGACUUCAAGGAAAUCUGCGCGACGCUGCCGCCCAGUGUCGGGUUCUCGAAGGCCUCGCUGUUGGAACUCCCUCUGAUUCUCCUCGUGCGCGACGUUCUCGCUCCCCUCCGGUCUCACGUUGUCAUCCGCCGACGGCGAAGCGCUUCUCGGGGCUCCUUUGCUUCCAACUAG